AAAGGCUCAGAGUCGGUGCGGACGAGGCGGAGGAAGGACGCGCCACAGAGUCGAUUUCUCUCCGAUUUUUUUUUCAAAAGUGAAAAUCCAGUGAAAUGGCCGCCGCCACGGACGUCGUGAUCGAUCAGCGGAUUCGGGACAUCCAGAGGGAGUAUCUGGAGUUUUUGGAAGACGAUGAAGACUCCGGGGUGUACACUCAGCUGGUGCGCGACAUGGUGGCCAAUGGGGACUGCCGCCUCAACGUCAACAUCAACGACCUGCGCAAGAAGAACCCCCAACGUCCCUCCAGCCUCCUGAACUCUGCCUUUGAGGAGCUGCCAGCAUUCCACCGAGCAUUAAAGGAAUUUGUGGCCGCAGUCGACACCAAUUAUGCCAAGACCACAGAGGAGCUGUUUGUGGGUUUCGAAGGCAGUUUCGGUAGCAAGCAUGUGUCUCCGAGGACGCUCAACACCAGGAACCUUGGCAAUUUGGUGUGCGUUGAAGGCAUUGUGACCAAAUGUUCCCUUGUGAGGCCAAAGGUAGUAAGGUCUGUCCACUAUUGCCCAACCACCAAGAAAACUCUGGAGCGGAGAUACACAGACAUGACUUCCUAUGACCCUUAUCCAUCCACUGCCAUCUACCCUACCAAGGAUGAUGAUGGAAACCUUUUGGAAACUGAGUAUGGGUUAUGUGUAUAUAAGGACCAUCAGACCAUAACCAUUCAGGAGAUGCCUGAGAAGUCUCCUGCCGGUCAACUGCCUCGCUCUGUUGACAUUGUUCUUGACAAUGACCUGGUUGACAAGUGUAAACCUGGAGACAGGGUUCAGAUUGUUGGCAUCUAUCGCUGUCUGCCCAACAAGCAGGGAGGUUUCACUAGUGGCACAUUCCGUACCAUCCUCAUUGCCAACAAUAUUAUCCUUAUGAACAAGGAAGUGUCUCCCCACAUUUCAACAGAUGAUGUCUACAAGUGCAAGAAAUUCUCCAAGCAGAAGGGACUUGAUGUGUUUGAGUUGCUCUCGAAGUCCCUUGCUCCCAGUAUCCAUGGGCAUGAGUACAUUAAGAAGGCUCUCCUCUGCAUGUUGCUUGGAGGUGUGGAGAAGGUGCUGCCAAAUGGUACAAGGCUUAGGGGUGAUAUCAACGUUUUGUUGAUUGGUGACCCUUCAGUGGCCAAGUCCCAGCUCCUCCGAUAUGUACUGCACACUGCUCCUCGUGCUAUCACAACAACCGGUCGUGGGUCCUCAGGUGUAGGUCUCACUGCUGCUGUCACCACUGAUAAUGAAACUGGAGAAAGGAGAUUGGAGGCUGGUGCUAUGGUCUUGGCUGAUAGGGGUAUUGUCUGUAUUGACGAGUUUGACAAGAUGAGUGACAUGGACAGAACAGCCAUCCAUGAAGUCAUGGAACAGGGAAGAGUUACCAUCUCAAAGGCUGGUAUUCAUGCUCGUCUGAAUGCCAGGUGCUCUGUCCUUGCUGCUGCAAACCCAGUGUAUGGUCGGUAUGAUCAAUACAAGACUCCCAUGGAGAAUAUUGGGUUGCAGGACUCUCUCCUGUCACGUUUUGAUUGUCUGUUUAUCAUGCUGGAUAUCGCUGACCCUGAGAGUGACCGCAAGAUUUCUGACCAUGUGGUGCGCAUGCAUCGUUACAGAGCUGCACAUGAGCAGGAUGGUGAAGCUCUGCCCAUGGGUCUUGGUGUGGAUAUGCUGUCAACUCAGAAUCCAGAUGAAGCAGAGGAUGAGGGAGUUGACACACCCAUCUAUGAAAAAUAUGAUGCUCUCCUCCAUGGCAGCCUGCGAUCCAAAAAGGACAAGAUUGUAAGUAUGAAGUUCAUGAGAAAGUACAUUCACAUCGCCAAGAGCAUCAAGCCAACACUGAGCAAAGAAGCAUCUGAGGUCAUUGCAGAGGAGUAUUCUCGUCUGCGUUCCCAAGACACAGAACACACAGACAUGGCAAGAACUCAACCGGUAACUGCUCGAGCUUUGGAAACUCUGAUCCGUCUGUCAACGGCUCAUGCCAAGGCCAGACUGUCUCGUGUUGUGGAAGUAGAAGAUGCAGAAUCUGCAAUUGAGAUGGUAUCCUAUGCCUACUUCAAGAAGCCCACUGGUGAUCAGCCAAAGAGGUCCAAGAAGGCAAAGAAGCAGCCUGGUGAAGAAGGAUAUGACCCAUAUGAUAUUGACAGUGCAGAAGAGGAGGAUCCCAUGUCCCCAACACCAGCAACAGUACGAAGCACAGUCAGCCGCUCAUCUCGGUCCAUGGAUGAGACUACCGUUAGUUCAGCUCCCAAGGAAAUUGCCGCUGAUAGACUGACAGCGUUUAAGGCCUCUCUGACAAAGUUAUUUAAGGAGGACCGAGCCCAGACCCUCUCCAUGUCGAGACUAAAGGAAUUCAUGGCCAAAGAACAUGCAUCCAGUCCAUUCAGUCAAGAUGAGAUUGACGCUGCCCUAGAGAAGAUGUCAGAUGCCAACCAGAUCAUGGCUGCUGACGAGAUGAUCUUCCUAAUUUAAGUCCUUUUACCUCUUCCACUUGACAAAGUACCUAGGAGUAGUUCAGGACUGUGUGAUAAGGUUGAAAUAUACGUGUUUUUGGAAA